AUGAGUGAAUCCAACAAGGAGGAGGCCUUGAAAUGCAUAGCGGUGGCAAAGAGGCAUCAGAAUAAUGGAAACAUUGAAAGCGCCAUAAGAUUUUGCAACAAAUCGCUAUCCCUGUAUGAGACUAAGGAAGCCAAAGAGCUUCUUCUCGAGCUAGAGGAGAUUCCAGCCCCAACUCCCUCCUCAACUCCCGGUUCAGCUUCCACAUCUUCAUCCACUCCCAGUCCAACUGCAGGGCCGUCAACGACGGAUAACCAUACCGUACCAAAAGACCGUAUGGAGAGGGUUAGAGUCGUCCGAAGAAUUCGUGCCUGCAAGCCUCAUGCAUAUUAUGAAAUUCUUGGGCUCGAGUCCAGCUGUUCGGAACAUGAUAUUAAGCGUGCUUUUCGAAAGCUUGCAAUAAUGACACACCCAGACAAGACUGACGUGGAAGGUGCUGCAGAGGCUUUCAAGAUGGUCAGCAAGGCGUGGCAAAUUCUUGGUGACCCCGCACAGCGAGCACGAUACGACGCCGCACCACACGCGGAUCCAACGUCCCGUUUCUCCGGCGAUUCUGAGCGCUCGCCGUUCGAAACACGGGAGGUUUCUCCUGAAGAAGUUUUUAAUAUGUUUUUCGGAGGUGGCGCACCGUUUGCUGGCACCGGGGGCUUUGGUGUUGAUCCCUUUGUCCUAGUGUUCACUGCAACUUUCGGACCCAAUGGCUUCCAGCGAACCUAUACCAGACCAGCAGCUGCACAAGGCAAUGCACAACAGCAUGCUCGAUCCAUUUCUCCCCUUCUUCAAGCCUUGCCCCUCAUUUUACUUUUUGCUAUCUCUUUCCUUGGCUCGCUUCCGAACAUCGCUAGUUUGUUUUCCGCUCCAGACCCUGGAUACAGUUUCACACCAUCCCGAGCUUACUCCAGCGAACGCAUCACAUCUGAUUAUAAGGUGCCAUAUUAUGUUGAUAACGCAGAGUUCGAGCGGCACCCGAUAUACCAGUCAAUCCCAGCAGCCUCAAGGCCAUUGAAACAGGCGGGAGCAUCAUCGUACAAGUUGCAUGUCUUUGAGCAACUGGUGGAACGGACAUACGUGGAUACGGUGCGAAACGGGUGUAGCCGAGAGCUGGAGGACAAGCGAAGAAGGAUGGAGCAACACGAGGGAUUCUUCGGAAUAGGUGCAGACUGGCAGAAGAUUGAGCAGAUCAAGGGAGAAAGCACACCUUCAUGCCAAAAACUAAGGGAUAUGGGAUUGCUACGGUAUUAG